AUGGCGACUUCGAAAGCAGAAGAUCAUCCGCCUGUAAUCGCGGAAGUCAGCCAAGGCCUGCGUGGACGCGAAGACGCAGGCACCGUAAUAACCGGCGAAAAUACGAGCUCCAAAGCGGAACUCGAAGACGACCUAACCAGAGCCGACCCUGCAAGACAGACGUCCUCCUCCUCCUCCAAAUCUUCAACGUCCUGUCCCAGUGCUCACGACGAAAAUGUCGCCGCCACGCAAGAAGAGGCAUACACCCUCGUUUCCUUUUCCAGAGGCGACCCCGAGAAUCCGUAUAAUUGGAGUCAGAAGAAGAAGACGUAUGUCCUUCUCACUUGUAUCGCGCUGGUCAUGAACAGCACGAUCGGGAGCGCGUUGCCGUCAGGCGCAUCGGAAGAGACCGCGGCGCAUUUCGACAUCACGAAUCAAUCGCUUUUAGUACUUCCGGUGUCGAUCUUCUUGGUGGGAUAUGUCUUGGGUCCACUGGUGAGUAUAUCAUUGUUGUACCAUCUCGUUUCAUGCUAAGUGAUUCAAGGUCUUUGCGCCCAUGAGCGAGUCGUUCGGCAGGAAAUGGGUGGUCAUGGGAACUUUUAUAACUUUCACGGCUUUCAAUCUGGGUUGCGCGCUCACCCCGACAUUCGCCGGUCUCAUCAUCAUGAGACUUCUGGUCGGUAUCAGCGCAUCAACCCCAAUCUCCGUGAUCGGGGGGAUCUACGCCGAUAUCUACGGUACACCAAAGGCCCGCGGACGAGCGGUGACGGCAUUCAUGGCGGCGACGACGUGGGGACCAUUGAUUGGACCCAUCAUCAGCGGCUUUGUGGCGACGGUUUCCUGGAGAUGGACGUACUGGGUGGCACUCAUCAUUGCUGGCGCGACAUGGCCAUUUCUGAUAUUCCUGCCCGAGACGUACGGACCUGUUCUGCUGCGGCGGCGGGCAGAGAGGCUGCGGGCGGCGAGCGGAGAUGUCAGAGUCGUCGCUCCCGUGGAGAUGGAAGAGAAGCAGAGUUGGGCCGAGUUCUGUACGGUGGUCCUGACCAGGCCAGUCCGGAUGUUCCUGUUCGAGUGGAUCGUGCUGUUCAGCUGCCUGUAUCUCUCGGUGGCUUACGCCAUCUUCUACAUCUACUUCCAGGCGUAUCCGAUCAUCUUCCAGGGCACAUAUGGGUUCACUGCGGGCGAAGAGGGCCUGACCUUCCUACCGAUUGGCGUUGGGGCUGUGUUCGCCGGCGGCAUCUACCUCUACUGGGAGCACUACCUGGACAAGGCCCGAAACCGACCUUGCCCACCGGCGUGGGCUCAGAAGGAGGAAUACGUUCGACUCCCCAUCGCCUGCCUCGGGGCUCCGCUGUUUGCCAUCAGCCUGUUCUGGCUCGGAUGGACCGCCAAGCCCGAGAUCCACUGGAUUGUGCCGACGCUGUCUGCACUUCCGUUUGGCAUUGGCUUCCUCCUGAUCUUUAUGGCCUUGAUCAAUUACAUUGUGGAUGCAUACGAAGUGUUCGCGGCGAGUGCCAUGGGAGCGGCAUCAUGCUCGAGAUCCAUUUUUGGAGUGGUGCUGCCAUUCGCGGCGCGGCCGAUGUACGAAACCUUGGGAAUCGGAUGGGCGUGCAGUCUGUUUGGGUUUGUCAGCAUUGCGAUGGGGAUUGUGCCCUUCUUCUUCAUCCGGUACGGAGAGCAGAUCCGAGCCAAUAGCAAGUGGUGUCAGGAGUUGAAGCGGCAGAAGGGCGAAAGGGAGGAGGAGAGGGAGAGGCGGCAGAUGGAAGGGCGAGAGCCGGAGGCGGAGGGCAGGACGGGGGGGCAUCAUCCGCGUGUGCAUGGCGAUGGCGAUGGCGAUGGCGAGAAACAAGUUUGA